CCUGCCACCCGCAACACGCCGCCGUCUUCCACCCCCUCUUCCAAAACGGACGAGGAAAAGCGAGAAAAUCCCCUUGCUCGCGCGCGCGCGCGCGCGCUGCCAUGGACGCGGGGGCUGAGGAGCUCCAGCUCCGCGACGCAGCUCGGUCCCAAGCACAGAACCUAGACCCUGGUCCUGUUGAUAAAUCUGUCCUCGUGGAACAGGAAUUUCACAAAUCAGAAGCUAUAUUUGUUGGGAAGUUAUUGAACUUCUCUUGAUUGCCGGCCAUUUACUUCACCUGAAAAAAUAUGCAGAUAUACAAACCUGUAAGAUUUAUCGAACAUGGCACCAGGCUUAACCAGUGGGAAGUGAAACAUGAGGGGAUGCUUGCGUUAUUGCAGCGUUCUGGAUUUUACCACCUGUCUUUAUUGAAGCGGGUUCAGUUAGACCAUGCAUUGUUAAAUGCAUUGGUUGAAAGGUGGCGGCGUGAAACACAGACGUUUCACUUGCGGUUUGGAGAAAUUACAGUGCUCUUGAAGGAUGUAGCAAUUCUUACUGGGCUUCGUGUACAUGGUGCUCCUGUCACUGGCCCGACAAACUGUAAUUGGGAGCAAUUGUGCACACAGCUUCUGGGCCAAGAACCUCCACAGAUCAAAGGUGGUUCUAUCAACAUUGCAUGGCUGCAUGACACUUUCAAAACAUUACCAGAAGGUGCUAAUCAGUCAGAUGUAGAGUAUGCUGCACGAGCUUACAUUCUGUACCAAAUCGGCUGCAGUUUAUUUCCUGAUCCGAGUGGAACUAGAGUGCACUUGCGAUAUUUGGCCCUACUCCGCGAUUUUGAUGCCUCAGGAGAGAUGGCCUGGGGGGCUGCUGUUCUUGCCCACCUCUACAGAGAGCUUGGAAAGGCCAGCAUGAAGGGCAAAGCAAACUGCUGUGCGUUUCUUACUCUUCUUCAGAUAUGGGCAUGGGAGCACAUCCAGAUUGGCUGUCCUGAACGGCUAGAGAAUAAGAUUCUACCCGAUGAUUGGCCCCUUGGAUGCAGGUGGAAUGUUGCCUUCAAGAACCGUGAAAAUGUCCGAUCCAUGGACCAUGAGUUUUACAGGCAUGGGCUUGAUACUAUAUCAGAUUGUCAGAUCACAUGGGACCCAUACACACCAAACCUGAUAGCUGGGCUUCCUGCAAUAUGCACAUUUGGAUCCGCAGUUUGGCGAUCAAGGACUCCGUUAAUAUGCUUCCAGAUAGUGGAAAUGCAUGUGCCUGAUCGUGUCUUACUGCAAUUUGGAAUGGUGCAGCACAUACCAGACCCAGUUGAGGCUGUUGAACGUGUUACAAUGCAGGGUAAAGCUGAUCAAAAUUGGCCUACUUACCAUGAUAAGUACAUUAAGCAAUGGCAGAACAGGCUCUUCUCUGUUGUUGAGCAACAGGAUACAGGGAUUUCAGAUCCUACUCAUCCAAGGAAUUGUUACCUUGAAUGGUAUUGGCGAAUUACACGUCGAUGGAUUUCCACUCCAGUUGAAUGUCCAAUUAUAUCCUAUGAGUUAUCUGGGCACGCUGAUGAAGUUCUGGUUGAUUUGGUAAGUACAGUACAGGGACGGAUUAGAACUUUGUUACUAAGUGAGAUUGAUGUGAAAAGGAUGAAGGAAUCACUUACUGACAUUGAUGUGUACAUCACUGUUAAAAUGGCGGAGGCUAAGCAGAUUAUGCAAAGUGGUGUUCGAACUGGCAUGGGAAUUAGGAGUGCUAAAUCAGCCAUGAUCUGUUCAAAUGAUGUGGAUCCUACUCAGGCUACUGUUGCGAAGCUGGAACUAGUUGGUGAUGAUCAUGUCGAGGGAAACACUAUACUGCAAUUGGACCAAAUGAGGAGAAUUCAACCCGCAGGAGGAACUGUUGAUUUAGCACCUCUCAUAACAGGUGAUACCACUAGCAACAAAACUGAGGAUGUGCAUCCACAAGAAGAUCCUCUUGAUAUAACAAUGACAGAAGUAAAUCUCCAGGACAUUAUUAGCACACCUCUUCAGGAUGCUAUGACAGAUAUUAUGAACACAUCUGCAGAGGAUGCUACACUGGAGGAUAUUUCAGAUUCAGAUGUGAAGAAUGGCUCUGCGUCCAUAGAGACCGUGGAAGUGAAGGAGACUGGUGGAUCAAUGUACAACAUUAAAUCUACAAAAAGGUUACAGCUGAAAUGCAGGAGUGUGCCAGUGCACCUUUGAUCGAUGGUCAAGGAACGGUGUGUGACGCUUCAGUCCUUCCAGAAUUCUACAAGAUCUUGGGUGUAUCAUCAAAUAAGGAGCAAUUGCAGAAGAUUACUGGUGCAGCUGAGAAUGACGGUAGAAUUGAGGAAGUUGUGGGGACAAGAUCGGAGAAUAGUACAGGUCCAGGAAUGAUGGGUCGACCUUUUAAUGCCAUUGAACCUGGAGAUACCUUGAAUACAUCUAUGAAGAAGUUAAGUUCAGUGCCAGGUCAUGUUGAAUGUCCCUCUGUCUCUGAACAGGAAGAACCUGAUGCUGCAAGUCCAGGCCACGACAAACUGCAAGAUGCCGUCCAGACACAGCCUGAGGAUGUUGUUCAGGAUGGAGUGGAUGCUGUGCAAAAUCAAAUCUUUCAAGAGAAUGCCAAGGACCCAAUUGAAAAUGGCCCUUGGCAAAAACCUGUUGCUACACCUGCUGAAGAUUUGCUUAUCAGUAGUGCUGGAGAGAUAACUCAGAGAAGUGUUAACUCAGUCACUGGAGAAGGAAAUAAUACAAUUGGAAGGGAGGAAUCUGCUGGGAAUGAGGACCUUGGCAAUCCAGUUCCUAAUGAACUAUCUAAAAGGAGAAAAUUGACGAUUCCUUCCCACGAAAAUUCUGAGUUCUGUUUAACAAUAGAGGCUACUAAAAUGGGAACUACGAAAACAGAUGAGAAAACAGAUCAGAAUGUAAGAAGUGGCAGUGGCCAGUUGAUAGCAUUCACAAGAAGGAAAAGAAAAGCACUUAUGCAAUCAUCACCCUGACUCCUAAUACUAUUUUGUUACUUACUUUAGGCAAUAUUUUCAGAAGCUUUUUUGUUUAUGUAUGUUUUAGUGUACAAUGAAUGUGAAUUCAAAAUCUUCUUACGGUAUUUUGCCCUUUUAAUAUAUGGAGCAUCCACUAUUGUUUGUC